UCCACAAAGACUGAGCCCAAUAAUCUUUGUCUUAAGUCGUCUUUCUAUCCAUUUUUGCUCUUUCCAAUUUAAACUGUUUCCAUCUUCCAAUUCCAUUGCCGAGAAAAUCAGAACAGAAAGAUAUUUUUUUUAAAAAAAAAUGUUAUUUGGGUAUUCUGAAAACCCUAAUCAGAUCAUCAAAUUUGGGAUCUACGACUCGUAAUGUCAGCCUUGUUAGCAGCCAAAUCAGCAAUCACACUGCCAAAUGGAUGCAGUGAUUUAGUACUUCGAUUUGGAGAAGGUGUUCAACGUUUGAAUCGCCUUGAUCAGUUGAAUUCCGGGACCUCCUUGUUUCCUCUUUCCAUCAGCAAGAAAUCUCCUAUGGAGUUGAUCAAUGAAGUUCCUCCUAUCAAGGUUGAGGGCAGGAUUGUAGCUUGUGAAGGAGACAAUAAUCCUGCUUUGGAACUCCCAAUUGAAUUCAUUUGCCUUGACUUGAAAGAGCCAGCUGUGUGCAAGUAUUGUGGCCUGCCCUACGUUCAGGAGCAUCAUCACUAGAAGCGCUGUGACAUUUUUACCUGGUU